UUUAUUUACUAAACAAAAUCACAUUACCAUGAUGAGUGACAUAAAACUAGAGCCCGAUGACUUGGAAAUAUGUCGCGGCUGCCUCAGCUCAGACAGGAGACUGUCUUUUGUGGCUACCGACGAUUUCCGCUCUCUUCUUACAGAUGAUCAGUCUCAGGAAUUGGAUCAUCUGGCGAGCAUAGCGCUGUGUUGGGAGUGCAUGGCUCUGCUGCGCAAGACCCGCAAGUUCCAGGGACAGGUGCAGAGGGCACACACAAUUCUGCAAGACUCCUUACAACUUACACCAGCAAAAGCUACUUUGUCUUCUCUUUCUUUCUACCAAAACAUUGAAUAUGAUGCUGUUUUUGAAGAAAGCACACCUGACACUGAACUACCACUUUCUUAUGAAACACCAGAACAUCAUAAAGUUAUUGUACCCACAAAAUACAAAACUCAACUAACCAGUAGUAUAGAAAAUGUUAAAACUCUUAAAGUUGUUCUAAAUGAUAUUUAUGGAAAUGUUAAAUGUAAUGAUGAUAUUAAAGUUGAACAUCACGAUGCUGAUAGUGAUGCUGACGACAAUGAGUUUGAGUAUGAGUUUGAGCCUGAUGAUAGAAAUUACAGUUCAUCUGAAGAAAUUACAGAAACCAAAAUUGAUACUCGAAGAAGUUUACGACAAGCUGCUAACAAUACAGUAGUAAAUUUCAAAGAUUCAAAGAAACAAAAGACACCAAAAUUAUCAAAAGAAAUCUCCACAAUGAAAACGAAAAAAGUGAUUGUUACAAAACAGAAUACGCCGAAAAAAAGAAAAGCUAACUCGAUUGAGAAUGGUUCUGUUGAAAUUGGCACUACAAAUUACAUAGAUAAUAAUACAAAAGUAGAGAGUUAUAAUAGUGAUGCAGGCAGUCAAUAUGUAAAGGCUGUUGCUUCAAAAAGAAAAAAACAUGUAAAGCUAGAGGAUGAUCCAGAUUUCAAACUAGAGGAUAUUAAAGGAGAAAUUAGUUCUGAGGAUAAAGCCGCGCUUAUUGAAAUCCACGAAAAUAAAGCAAAAGAUGAUAAAGAAAAACCGAUAAAGAAAAAAGAAAGAUCGAUACUGACGCAAAGACUGAAAUACAAGAAAAUAUUUACAAAGUAUAAAAAAAUUGAAGAUGUCUUGCAAUAUUUUGAAGAAGUCGAAAUGAGUCAGGAAGAUAUAAAGAGCGCUUUAGAAAAAGAUGAUGCAAUUGUUGACAAAAAGUAUCCUGUUAAAUGUAGCAUAUGCGGUAUGCUGCUUAUGUUUGUCAGAAGUUUGGACCGUCAUGCAUACUUAGGUCAUAGAAAAGAUCUUCCCGAUCUAAUAGUCAACAAACGUUUCAUCUACCCACCACUCAAGUUACCUCAGAAGUCCGUCUGGCGCUGCCGUGUUUGCGCCAGAAUGAUGCGCAAAGAGCAUAUAGUCGCACACGUGAAUAGAUACCACUGCAUGCAAUAUUUUUGUAUAGAAGAUGGGUGUGAAUUGUAUCAGAAGGAACAGAAGUAUUUUUGGGAAAAGGAGCAUUGCGCAAAACACUGGGACGAAAUUCAUAAACGGAUCAUAUGUGACAUCUGUAAUAUACGUAAGAUGAAAAAAAAGUCCAUGGAGGUUCAUAUGAUAGAAGCUCACUCCCCCCCCAAAGUGCCGAAGCCCAUCAAAUGCCCCCACUGCUCCAAGACAUACACCAAUCGGCAGACGCUCCGCAAGCACACAAGUUACCACGAGCCCGAGCCGGCAGAGCGGCGGUAUUGCGUCGAGUGCGACAUCACCUUUAAGAGGGUUUUCACCUUCAAGGCUCACUUCCGCACCUUCCAUUCGGGGAAGCCUAGGACUAAAUAUCCGUGCACCGUGUGCGGAAAGGUGAUGAAACGCAGAACCGGACUUAAGCUCCAUAUGAACUUUUUCCACAUCGGCGUUACUGACUACCGCUGCCACAUCUGUGGAAAGUACCUGUUCAACUCGAGCUGUCUGAAAGAUCAUUUGGAUAUACACAACAAUAUAAAACCUAAGAAACCCAAGCGUAAUCUACCGUGCACAGUUUGCGGACGCACAUUUAAGCAAAAAACGAGCCUUGAUGUCCACAUGAACACACACACAGGCGACCGGCCGUACAAGUGUCCGCACUGUGAGGCUGCGUUCACACAACCCUUCGUACUUCGCACGCAUCUGGCUAAACACCAUAAUGUGAACGCGAGCGUACGAGCCAACGGGGACAUAAUACCGCUGACUAAAACUGAUGGAACUGUGGAUAGCAGUGUUAGUGCCAGUUGCAGUUCCACUUGA